CUCAUCUUACGUUACGUAGAAGAAUGGGACAAUACUUUCGAGAUGGAGAAUCCACAUGACAGUCAGCUAGGACCGCUAGUUUUGCAGGCUAUGCGUGCGCUGGCAGCGGCGGAGGAAGGGAUCAAUGAUGUGACGAUCAUCGGAGACUUCGAGAAAUCUGAGGAGGUAGAAUGAAGAUCUCGUCCUGAACUUCCCCGCGACGAAGCCCUCGAGAUUCCUGACCCGAGGAUCACUGUUCUCCAAAACUGCACAUGCUCUGGAUCAGAACGGCAUGACGGGUUUGCUCGCAGACGUGAAUCGGAGGGAGGUCGCCGGGAGUUCUGGGUUUCGUAUGCCACCGUGAUCAUUAUGGUUCAGACGUUCGCUCUGCCCAUCCUCCACCUCGCGACGUGCGGCCGUGUGACGCCGCAGCGCUUCUGGCGGAUAGCGAUGUACUGCGGCUGGUCUGAAGGGGUGCACAGCCCCGGAAUGGGGGAGGUAGACUAUGGAGAGGUAAGCAAUGCCCGCGACGAUACCCACAAGACUAUUCCUUGGUUGAAGUAUAGAGAACUUCGAGAUCUGGAAGAGCUGGAGAUGGUGAAGGCCAUCGAGGAGGCCAUCGAGGAUGCUAUUGUGCACCGAGGAGGAUAUUGGAUGUGGAUGAGGGCUGACAGGUUCCCAUUGGUCGAUGCGUCCACCCAAUGCGCGCCCGCUUUCGUAACUCAAAGCGUCUCAAAAAAAAUCACAACUUGUCUGUUCUCGAAAGACUCCCCCUCGAGCUUCUCUACAUCAUCGCACUACAUUGCUCACACGCCUCCUUGCUUUCUCUCGCCUCUGCAUCUUGCAUCAUUCGUUUUUUCUUAUUCUAGGCUCUGAAGCUAGCAGGAACUCUCUGGAAGCUGCGUGGAUCACCGAGAACGCCCCGUGGUUCGCCCCCACCACAUCAAGCCUCGAGCCUUGCUACGAAGUGAAGAAGGUUCGCGACGGGUGGGUCUACUUACAGGGGUGUUGUGCCAGCGGUUCAAUGAGGAACAGAGCACGCAUCUGGAAGGUCGCAGAGCAUAUCGAAGAGGUUGCAACGCAAAGCGGGCUUUGACCUUCGCUAACAAGAAUUUAAUACCAUCAGUUUGCUCAUGUAAUAAACUGUUGUCCACUUCC